UCAGAAACCAAAAGCCUUUCUGACUUCCACCGGAGUUAUAAGGGACUGCGAUGUCAGACGAGAAGUGUUGUUUUAGUGCCACAGGACCAACAGCGAGGAGGGCUAUGGAGUUAAGUUAACCAUUGCCACACUGACUUGGAUCAUUCCCGCCGUUGAAGUAAACAUUCGGUACAUAUUUGGGGCUGUUGCGCCGUCGGGGACACAAAGUUGGCGCAUGGAGAGGGACGAAGUUUCAUUUUUGCGCAGCGUCUUUUCUUUGUUUUCGGUGCGUUUGAGUGUCAGCCAGCGUCGCGCGGCGUCUGAAGACUCCGAAUCAAAGUAACCGGAGUUCACUUUUUUUUGGAGCCUCGAGUCACGAGUGAGGGACAGAGAGGACGAGUCUGAGGACGCAUUACGUCGGGUGCGAUGGUGGACAACAAACCUCUUCUCCAGGACAAACCUCCCGCCUACAACACCGUCCCGGGAGCUUAUGACUACGGCCCGCAGCAGCAGCAGCAGCAACAGCAGCCGCAGCCGCAGCCACAGCACGGAUAUGGAGCCAUUCCUCCUCCCGCCCCGCCGCCCUAUCCGUACCCCGUCGUCCAAGGAUACCCAUCAGCCCAAAUGGGUCCUGCUGUAUCCCAGCAGCCUUAUCCUGGGACUUACGCCAUCAUCCAACCCUCAGUAGUGGUGGUCGGUGGCUGCCCUGCCUGCAGAGUUGGGGUCCUGGAGGAUGACUUCACCUGCCUGGGGAUCAUGUGUGCCAUCUUCUUCUUCCCCCUCGGUCUUCUCUUCUGCUUUGCACUGCGUCAGAGAAGGUGCCCCAACUGUGGCGCCACCUUCGGCUAGAGGGACCAAACCACAGCUCACACACACACACACACACACACAUGCUUGUGCUCCCAUGCAUACAUAUACACACAAACACAAACACACACAUGUAAUCCAGUAAUUUUUGUGUCCUUUUUUUUUGGUUAUCUUUCUUAAUAAUGUACAUUAUCGCUGUUGCCAAUAUGUUAUGUAAAAGAAAUGAUCAAGAUGUUGCCAUGAAUUAGGCUGUGGGAUAUAUUUUUUUUUUUUUUUUAAUCAGAGGCUUGUAUAGAAAUCUAUUUUCAUCAGCUGGCUGAGGAUGUAUUCUAGUAUAAUAUGUAAGUGUCCAGCGGUUGUCAGUGCCUUCACUACAUGCAGAGUGAGCUUCGGGGAUUCAGAUCAGUUAUGAUGAUUUAUUCUGUGGAUUUUAGCUCAGUCAUCUAAGGAUCUGAACAGAUUCCUUCGUGUUUUGCCAAGCCAGAAUAAUCAGUGUUCUUUCCUUUUCCUUGUUUGUUUUUUUUUUUUUUUUUUUUAAUUUGCUGGCAUUUCUAUCCAUUUACACUGAACCUAUUUUAGUUGUUAAGUAACCGCACGCAUGUUGAUCACGUUACUUCCCUUCAUCCCUUCUUUGGGGUAGUAACAGAUACAUAUAUGAGGAAAAAAUUCUUGUUUUUGUUCCUUUUCUUUUGGCUGACUGCUGAUCGUGACAUAGAAUAACACAAACAUGUAAAAAAAUAAGAUAUAUAUAUAUAUAUAUCUAUAUCUAAAGAUCCCUGAACAUGAACUGUCCCACCUGAAACAAUCCACCUACGGCAUUUUGUUGUUGAUCUAUUUCUUGGGGCCAUAUUUGCACUGACCGUUUUGUUUGAUGAUAAUUCUACUGGGUUGUGCUUUUCCAGGGCCAAUACAGACCUCAGGUACAAACAAUCUGAAAUGCCCUCGACUUAAAAACCUCAAUCACUGUUUGACUUUGGACUCCUGUCUACCGUAAGAGAAACUCCUGUGAUGGGCGCGCGCAGACUCGUCCCCCUUUUAAUGAGCGGGAGUUUCCCCCUUUUUAAGGACGCAUGCGGAUGGCAAAAGCUGAAGAAAUCUCUCAAUAAUGUGUAUAAUCUUUGCUUUUUUAAAAAAAAAAUCUUAGUAUUCUACUCUGUGACAAGUCACCCCUUCACCUUUCUUCCCAGCCAGACAAUCAAGAAUGUCAGUGUCCCAGUUUCUGCAGUCUCUGCAAUGUCUCCAUGUCCGUGUCUUCCGUCAAAGCAAGAGGAUGUAGAACUGCUCGCAGCAGAAGAGACCAGGUGUAUAGCUGGGGAGGAAAACCACACUACGCAUGCUCUUAUGAUUGAGGUUCUUACUUUUUAUAUAAGCAACUGUAAUUAAAAAUGAAUGCUACUUCA